GCGAAGCGAACGACUGGACAUUAUGCAAACGUUGAUUUUCACAAUUUUGGUUUCGACACUCAUUGUCAGCACAACGGCUGUACUACCGUUUGCUGUUGCUAAGGCCGAAGCAGAUGAAGACGUUAUCUAUUUGCUGGGUCAAAAUACUGUUGUAGGGGGUUCGGCUGAUCCCGAAAUCACAUCCCAAUGUUUCACUUACUACAUGCCGCUCUUAAAUCAAAUUUCGCUGAACUUCUCAAUGCAAUAUGAGCUAUGCAUUACUGCGGCCUCACAAGCAGCAACCAAGCUAUCCGCCUCGGCAGCGCAGAAUCGUGCUAUUCUCGUAAAUGAAACGACCACCAUCUGCAAUGCAUUCGCUUCGUGCAACAACGAGAGCAAUAUUUUGGACUUUCUCAGUUGCUAUGCCACAGCUGCCUCUGCUGAUAUCAAUGAAUUCUUUAAUAUAUCUACUAACGCUUCAAAUGCAGCUGUUUCAUUGAAGAGUGGGCUGCAACAGAUCAGUGAUACUGAGCAAAUCUGCCAAAAUAAAGCCCAACAGACAUACUCAUCACAGGCUACGAAAACGUAUAAGGAAUUAUAUGCCUGCUUCGCUAAUGGGUUGCCAACUGCUAGUACUAGUGCUAGUACUAGUGGCAUAACGGUUAACACAUAAAAUCUGCAUAAGAAAUGGUUCAAUAUUUAUUGCUAUACAAAACUUGUAUAUAGUCAUGCUAAUAAUACCAUUUAAGUAAUUGCAAUUAUGAA